UACGCCCCUAAUUACAUAUGCCCAUAGAACUGAGACUCUGCCCCGUCUCCCACAUAAAGCGAAGUCCACUUUCUUAGAUCCUCCAGUCAUCAGUGCAGCCUCCCAUGAAUUAACGCCUCUAUCAUCACGGCAAAGUAUUACACAUACGCCACGAGGAGACAGAUUGACAGAUCGAGAGAUAAAGAGAAAAAACAUGAAGGCUAACGCGACGACUUCGUCCGUGAAAUCCUCAGCAGAACCAAAACCAGAACCAGAACCAGAGGCAGAAAUCAGUACCUCCUCCCCUUCCAUCUCAGCUCUUGAGGCACUUUCUGUACACCUGAUCUCUGGGCUGGGCCUGGGUCUGGCCCUUCUGCUGGCCAACAAUGUCUACUCCGUCAACCUCGUCUCUCACCCUUCUCUCACUCUCCUACUCAUCUCUGUUAUAGAGUGCCCAAUUGUGAUUCUUCUCUAUAGUCGGCACCGGAAGAAUCGUGAAGAAUGCUCGUACUUGAAAGCCGUGGGACGAGGGCUACUAGGACUUCCUGUUGGUAAGGCACCAUCCAUGAUGACUCUGCAAGGGAAAAAGAUGAAAUAUCAUAUAUCGUGUUUCUGCUAUGUAGGGGCUCUAGUAAAUUCUUUGGGAGCUAUUGCAUUGGGCGCACCUGUUGGCACUCGAUACUUUUUAACGACCAUUAACUGGUCUCUGAUGAUGUCAUUGUUCACUAUUGUGCCCGCAGUUUCUGUAUUUGGUACAUCGUGGAAGGACUGGCAACGGAUAUUUGCACACACAAAUUGUCGGCCAAUUGGAUCUUUAGAUUUUAUGAUUUGCCUACCGGCACAUGGAGCUAUUAUUGGAGCUUGGCUUGGGGCUUGGCCAAUGCCGCUUGAUUGGGAAAGGCCAUGGCAGGAAUGGCCUAUUUGUGUGAGUUAUGGAGCAAUGGCUGGGUACCUAGUUGCCAUGGUGGUGUCGUUUAGCCUUAUCCUUGUGCGGGCCAGGUUUCAGCAUGUCAAACGAGACUAACAAGCAUGUCUUCAAUUACCUUAAAAGGAAAAUAUAUGCAUUUCUGGAAAUGUUUCUUUUUAGAGCUGGUUUGGAUUCAGAGAUGAUAUGAGAAGAGAUAAUAUGGUUUUAGAUUAAAAUUAAAAAUUGAAAAAAAUAUUGUUAGAAUAUUAAUUUUUAAUAUUAUUAUUGUUUUGAAA